AUGGUGAGUACUACAUUUAAAAAGAAAAUAGCAUUUUAUAAAAGGUUUCGGCUAACUAUGAUCAAAAAUGUAUCUGCUCCAUUCAAAUUUAGUGAGUAGCCAGCUUUUUUUGUCGCUAUUAUGCUUGUGUAAUGCCAAGUGUAUUGAAACAUUAGCUGCUGGGCUAGCUUGUCAUCUAGCUUCAUGCUAAUUUAGCGGCACUCGAUGUGGAUCCGACUAAAUCCUGGUCUGAGGCACAGGGAGGAUAGGAGUAGAUGCUGCUUUUAAAAAAGUUGGCGUAGCCUGUAUGUCCAAGACGUAAAUAUAGUGACACAGUCCUUCUCAAAAACGCACGGCCGAUGAAAUAAGUCAUAUUCAGACAGUUUGGCUUUGCGUCAACUAUUAGUUGUUACCAGAGAUUAGACGGAGUCGGCAGUCAUUCAUUACAAAUGCUACUCACCACAGCCAAGCACAGUGAACGUGCUCAGACAUAUCGGUGAAAGUUGUGAUGAUGAACUCGGGUUUCUUCUUGUAUAUUAGGACAAAAUACUCCCCAAAAGACAUCAAGUAGCGUCAAAACCAGCCGUAGAGAUAACGUGACCCUAAACUGGUCAGCCACUACAUCCUGAACACCUGAAUCAUACAAGAAAAACCGAAUCCAUCUGCUUUAACAUAAAUAGUAUUUAUACGGAAGUUGUACAUUAUCAGACCUACUUCGACAUAGGUGAUAGUUGUUCCUACGUCUUUGAUCUAACAUUAAUCCUGCAGUUUAUUCAUAGGCGCCUUUCAAAGCACCCAAGGUCGCUUUGAAAGAGAAAACAUGUAGCAGAUGUUGGAUUAUCGUAAAAGUGUAGCCUGAACAUGUCAUCAUUGACUGAAAAUAUAUAAGCAUUGGAUUUCAUUCAAAUGUUAUAGAUGGCCAGUGUUCAUGCUAAAGUUUCACUCUAAUAAGCUCUAUAAUAGUAAAGUUGUAAAUUAAUUGAUUACUUUAGAUAAUUCACAAUUAUGUUUCUGGCAUGUUUGCAAGUGAUUUUUGAUGGUAGUUUGGUCACUCACACUGUCACGUUGCUGAUACUUAAUUUUAGGGUUUUUUUUUACGCCCUCAUCUUUUUUAAGUCAACUCAUUUUUUCCUGGUGUGACUUUAUUCGACUGUCUUGGGUUGUGUUUGCUAACAACUGGAACAUCCGCGGAAUAGCUACAAACUUCACUCCAACACAUGUCGAUAAAAGCAUCAUAAUUCAAAUUGCUGGCUGAGCACAAAGAUAAACCUACUUGAGAUAUGUGGAACACUGUUGUGAUAGUAUAGCUAAUGUAGCAGCCAAUUGCUCCUCUGUUCCUUGAACUUUAAUUGCAUUCAUACAGAUGUUACAGUCCUGUUGCAGUAAAAGUGGUUUGUUAAGCCACCUUUUGCAAGAUCCAGUACCAAGGAGUUGUCAAAACAGCUUAAGAAACCUGAGAGAUCAGAACCAGAUGUAGAUGUUCAACUACUAUGGCGCCAUCUCUAACAUUAGCUCAUAAAGUGGGUAGUUCACGUAACAUAGAGUCUACUGAAAGUUCUAAGAAACAAUUUAAAACCUAUGUUUUUAGACAGGCUUUCCACUGACAUCCGCGUCGUGGGGCCUCUGUGAAGUGCUUGUAUCUGUGCCAUUAUAAUGAUUGUGUUUGUCUUUAUUCUAUUGCAAUUUAUUCUCGUUGAAUGCAACAUGUAGAAGGUAUCUGUUUCUGAAAUAAAUAUAAAGUUAAAUAUUAAUUCAAGAAAAUCUUGCUCUCCAAUUUGAAAAAAUGAAGAACACAUUUAGAGAAUCAGCAGUGUUAGCAUUAAUGGAUUAAGCCUUUGCUAACUAUGCUUCACACCACUUGCUGCUGUGAGUUCUCUACUCUCAUUGUCUCAUAAUAACAAUAAUGUUUAUUUUAUUUCACUAUUUUACCAUUAUUAUUAUUAUUUCUUUUGGGGUGGGGGCUUUUGAAUGCAACAUGCAGAACGUAUCUGUUUCUGAAAUGAAUAUAAAGUUAAAUAUUAAUUCAAGAAAAUCUUGCUCUCCAAGUUGAAAAAAUGAAGAACACAUUUAGAGAAUCAGCAGUGUUAGCAUUAAUGGAUUAAGCCUUUGCUAACUAUGCUUCACACCACUUGCUGCUGUGAGUUCUCUAACUCUCUGUGGUGUUUCUUAUUCAUGACAGUCUUCAUCGGAGGCUAAUAAUGGCCCGAGCCAAGCGCCACCUUAUCCAGGUGUACCGCCCUCAGGGAUACCUCCCCCAUUUGUAAGUCAGCAACAGACAUAUUCAGAACAAUAGCUUUCAGCAGUUGUCGGUUAGGGCUACAGUGUGAGUGGUCUUACUGUUUUAUCUCAUCUGAUUUCUCUAAUCUUCCUCUUUUCUUGUUUAUUCCAUUCAGAUGGGACCACCGGGAAUACCGCCUCAUUUCCCUCCUAUUGGAAUGCCCCCCAUGGGACAACGACCGCCUAGCAUGACUCCUAUGCCUCCUGGUAUAAUUCCCCCUGGUAUAAUGCCACCUAUGGGGGCACCACCGAUGGGACAAGUGAGUCUAGGAGAUUUGUCUCCACUUUGUUCAUGAUUGAAAGUUCUAUGAGAAUUUUGGCCCAGGAAGCCUGAGCAGAACCAGACUCUCAGGAAACACUGUCUGCUCUAAACAGUUGGGUAGACGGAGAAGCAGAGAGAUGGGUAGAGAGAGAAUCUGGCAGACAGACUGACAGACUAAAGAAAGACAAACAGCAGCAGCAGUGAUAACAAGUAAAAGCAAGAGUUCGGUCUGAAAAUGGCCAUAGCAACUUAAAAAAUAUAGAAAAUAAAAUAAUUGUAGAACUGACAUGAAUUGAAAUUGAGAUGUAUGGGAUUGUUAAAAUGAUAAAUAAAAAAGCAGUUCAAGGACAGCAAUUGGUCUGGAGAAAUCUGUGAGAGAAGUGUUCAAAAAAACUGUCAAAACGCACUUUUAUUCAUCUAGUGUAGUCUGCACAACAACAAGACAUGAAGUUAGGUGGAAAGAGGAGCUCAGUGUAGAAAAUCCUUUAAAGGUUCAAAGCUCAAAGUUGCACUUCCAGGGUCUGACUUUGUUGGUAGAGUAGGCUAACAUCCUCACUACUCUUUUUCAUGAUCAAAAGUAUUUAUGGCAUCUCACUCCCCAACUCUCUCCCCACAUUUUUGCGUAUAAUUCAAUAUUGACGGGCCUAAUACCACUGUUAGAAAGUUCAGGUACCACAAGCAUGUGUACAUUCUGUGAAUAUAAUGCUCCAUAAACCUGUAUGACCAGGCGUCUCUUACCACUUUGCGUAUCCCUAAUUGGAGACGUGUCAAAGCAAGGUGGCAGAUAUUGUUACUUUUCAUCAUGAAAGACCCUCAGGGAUUUUUUUGGGGCUUUUAAUUGAUGUGUUUCAACUUCUGCUUUAAGGAGAAAAUAAUGGGUUUUCUUUGUAGUUUCAGUCCUUUGGUCAUUUGUUGCUCUUUUGGACCAAUUCUUAUUUUGAGUGUUCUGAGAUCUCACUUCAUUAGUAUGUGUGGUUAUUAAAAAAGUCACUUAUUUCUUGCCUUUGAUGAGUGUAAGGUGGAGAGACAAACAAAGGCUCAACUAUAAUAAAGAAAGUUUAGCUGUGCAUUUUUUCACUUAUUUCACACGGAGCUAAAGCUCCUCCAGAGAGAUGUCUGAAAUAGAUUGCUUGUUUAUAAUUUUGAACUCUAUCCUCAGUUCAUGCUUUGCCCCUGAGGUAGUCACACGUUUUUUCGUGCGUAUCCCUUUUUAGGCAAAAUUGGGUGAAAUUUAGCAAGCAUAUGUGGUCUUGUCAUGCUUAUAAAAAGGUGUGAUAUUCAGAGGUGUUUGAUCAAGGUGCCGGCAACACGUAACCGAAAAGGUGGUGAGGCGAUGUAGUUUAGUGUGAUGCUGCUUCACAGAUUUCACGCUAUGACAUCACACAGUUAAAUAAGCACAGCAGACCCCGCGUCAAUCUCACUCUCUCUGAGUCGCAGGCAGCCCUUCUCACUUACACCAACACUGCGUCUCACACUGUGUCCUGUACUUGGUGGUAUGGAAAUGCCUGAUGAAUAUUUCAUGAUGCGUCUCUUUUUAGAUGCCAGGCAUGAUGCCACCUAUGAUGCCAGGGAUGAUGAUGCCCCCUCGCAUGCCAGCUGCGUCCGUACAACCAACAGGACCGGUAACUUUCCUCACUACAUUUUCAUCAGUGCUCUGUUUCACACCUUCCAGUCAUACACUGCAGUCUGUGAAAUGCUAAAUGAAGAGCUUGUUCUGUGAGUUAUCACAGCUGGAUACAGAUUGAUGUCAUUUCCCUAAAAAGCUGUUUGUUCUCUCCCUCACAUUGAAAAUAAAUGGUGUAAAUCAGGGGUGGGAGAAAAAAUCGAUACAGCAUAGUAUCAUGAUAGUUUUCUGGUGAUAUGUCGUAACGUCUCAUUUACUAAGUACCUAUUUUUUUCAUAUUAAUUGUUAUUAUGAAGUCAAAUCUAUGAUAAUGGAAAAAUAAAAUCAACUGUUUGUCCAGUGAGGUUGGCGGAGGUGACAUCAUAGAGCAGGUAAAAGUUAGAGCAACAAAUAUAUUUAAGGUUCGCAAGAUGUGCUACAUGAAAAUAAAAUAUUGUGUAAAUAAGACAAACAUAAAGGAAAGACAAAUGAUAAAUUAGCAAAGAAGUUAAAAAAAGUAUAAAUCACUCACAAUACUCACUGUAUGCAAAAUUAAAAAAAAUUGAAAUAAUAUCAUAUCCUGGCCCAAGUAUAGUGAUAAUAUUGUAUCGUGGCACAAGUAUCGUGAUAAUAUUGUAUUGUGGCCCAAGUAUCGUGAUAAUAUUGUAUUGUGGCCCAAGUAUUGUGAUAAUAUCGUAUUGUGGCCCAAGUAUCAUGAUAAUAUCGUAUUGUGGCCCAAGUAUCGUGAUAAUAUCAUACUGUGGCCCAAGUACCAUGAUAAUAUCGUAUCGUGGGGCCCAAGUAUCGUGAUAAUAUCAUACUGUGGCCCAAGUACCAUGAUAAUAUCGUAUUGUGGGGCCACUGGUGAGUAGUACUGUAACCUGUCUGAAUCAGGUUUUGUGAAAAUUCCCAAAAAUAUGAUUAAAAGUACAAACCAUUCACUGCUUUCCUUUCUAACAAAGUCCUCACCAAGUCAUGCAAAUGAGCAGUCUCAUGUACAGUAUGCACUGUGUCUACAUUCAGACAGCUUCAUAUAUCAGAGGAAAUUCACUUAAUCAUUACAAGUGUUUUUUUGCAUGUGGGGUCUAUUGAGUUUGGUACUGAUUAAGAAGGCAUUGUCUUUAAUUGUGUCUCGUGAAUGAUGAGCCUGUUUUCUCCUCUGAAUUCAUCACUCAGUGGGAGAGCAGUGCGAAGUAAACUGCCAGAUUUAUUCCUUUUUUUUCUGGUAAUAACUCUCUGAUAAAAUUCUCUGUUCCACAGCCUGGUGUUGACUCUACAGGUAAGAUCAUAAACUCUCACUUUGCUUACAAAUCAUAUGUUUGCUUAAUUUAUAGUCUAACUGAUUUGUGUAUUUAUGCUCACAGCUGCUGCACCUGGAACAGCUGUAAGUAUGAUGAUUUUCUAUGUGAUGUUAAUGUAGUUUUGCUGUUUAAACUGUUCUGAGUUUUCACCAUCAUUAGUUCCAGCCGUCUGUCUUCUCGAUAAUUGCAGUUUUUCAGACUAUUAUUUGUUCCUUUGUCCCUGCAGAGUACCACCAAUGGAUCUCCACAGGAAGAACAGCCAAAGAAGGUUUGUGCGCACUGAAAUUUGAAAAAAUUAGCUUAAAAGACUACACAUCAUUAUGGAACUAUUCCAAGAGCGGUAAUUUCAUAUUCUGUUUCUUUUUUAGUGCUGAAACAGCUGAUGUUUCUGUUGUUUUUCUAUCUGUCUUUAGAAGUCCCUGUGGACAGAACACAAAUCAUUGGAUGGGAAAACCUAUUAUUACAACACAGAGACCAAACAGUCUACGUGGGAGAAGCCGGAUGACCUCAAAUCUCCUGCAGAGGUAAACAUCUUUAUUGCCUAAACAACACCUUUUACAUAAGGGGUGUUAAGGUACAUGUAUUGUCACGAACUGUUUCAUUGUGUUCCUAGUAAAGAAAAAUUAUGUGUGGGUUUUUUGUUGCCUCUACUCUCAUGAAAAAGUACUGAACUGAGACUUCAAAACCAUGUAUCAAACCACAGUUUUUCUCAACAAUACCCCUACCACCCAUCUUUAAACAUUGGCACUUUCAUGUACUUUUUUAAAGCACAUUCAAGUCUCGUUUGAACAUAACAUGUUUUUCACUUGAAUUUUGUCAAUGUGUGAAAUUUUAAAUGAACAAGAUACAAAAAAAGUGGAAUGUAAAAAAAAAAUCAUUUCUGCAUGUAUAAAGAGACUCAAAAUAAGAACAAUAAGACAUAUGUCACUCAUGUUUACAAAGUUUUAAAGUUAUGCAAGUGAACAAAGUUUAUGAUGUAUGUUAAUAAUAAUGUGUAAACGUUUUUUAUAAAAUCUGUUUGAAUAAUUCUUAUAAGGAACCUCACAUUUCACAGGUUGGUUCUCUUCAGUGUAUUAAAAUGUAAACAUUGUUCUGUGCCUUUUUUCUCCUCUUUCAGCAAAUGCUUUCGAAAUGCCCGUGGAAGGAGUACAAGUCCGACACAGGGAAGCCUUAUUAUUACAACUCUCAGACAAAAGAGUCCAGAUGGACCAAACCCAAAGAGCUGGAGGAUCUGGAAGGUAAAAAAAACAGCUUUCUGAUGAUGUCAGAGCUAUUGUUAGAGAGACAGUGAUUUUUCAUCCAUGUUCCCUUUGGGUGAACUUCUACAGUAACAGCAUGGUCAACAACAGGUCACUGGCAUUCAAACCUAAUUAAGGCUCAGGGGGGAUUUUAGCAUCAUUGACGUCCAAACACAUCAUGGCCUCUGCGGUGCAUUUAUUAUCUUAUCUGUGAUAGGCUUUGAAAUGAUAACAAGUAUCCUAACAGCUAUCUCCUUUUCUCUAUUCCAGCUAUGAUCAAAGCUGAGGAGAAUGGGUAAGAGCCUCCUGUUUACCUUCAGUCACUCUGUACUGUUGCACUGUUUGUGAUGAACAACACACCCAGUAGUUAUUGAGAGUGAUUUCUUCCUCCAUUGUCUUUUCCAUUUUUAAUACCAGAGGUAUUUUAUUUUUAGGCAGUAACUAGUCGUGUACCAAUGAGGUAACCUUUUCCCGGUAUUCCUCUGCUCAUGUGAUGUGUUUUUGCUCUGUUGUGAUGUGAUUUUUAGAACGGCAGAGGCAGCAGCUCCUGGCACCACCGCAGCGCCAGCAGUGCAAGCAGAUAAUACAGCCACUAUGGCAACAGUAAUGGAGGCGGAAACUGCAACAGCAGUCCCGGAGGAGACACUGUCUCAGGCGGCCGCCCAUCUCACAGCAGAGGCCAAGAUUGCAGAAGCACCUGUGGCUUCCCUCGACAGCCCAGCCCCCAUGGAGGUCACAGCCAGGUGAAUCCUAACAUCUGAUACGGCGAUGAGUACUGUCUCGUGAUUAUGGAUAAGUCAUACACAUCACCCCAGAUCCACAGAGUCAUAAUGACACUGUGGGUUUAUGUUAGCUGUUGUUUUAUUUUGUUUUGUCUACAACUUUAUUUAGCAAAGUGAGAAAUGCUCAGUGCCUCUAAUCCCGAAUGAAAACAGCUCAUAACAUCUUGGUUUUUUUUUCAUCUUCAGUGCCGAAGUCACAAAGGAAGAACGGCCGGAGCUUCAAAAGAAAACUUACAAGUGGAACACAAAAGAGGAGGCCAAGCAGGCUUUCAAAGAGCUGCUGAAGGAGAAGGUGAGUCAAGCUGUUGAAUGAGGUCAAGGUGGAACACAAAAGAGACCGUCUUAUCUCUCCGUCUGCUGUACAUGCUCUCAUCACUUUGAUUAUUUGUCAUUUGGCAGAUCAGAUACAAAGAUAAAACACGGCUUGUUUAAGAACAUUUGCCUGAACACAGAUUAGACUCCAUUAGUGUGCUUUUAGCGGUUUCCAGCAUCAUAAAUACUGCACAGUGAGGAGGAGUGUAAUGCUGUUACAUUUGUUACUCUGUCAGUCCAAAACAUUAGUCGUGCUAAGGCAGCUACAAAGACGGCAGGGAUGACUGCUUCAUCACUUUGAGUGGAGCUGGGUGUGUGUGGAGGAUGUGCUGUGUGGAAAGGUACAGACACACUUUUCUAGAUUGUCUAUGAACUCCAGCUUUGAUCAACAGCAGCUUUAGGAAUUAGAAAAGCAUUAAUAGGAUUUGUGCGUUGAUAGAAGUCAGAUUUAGCAAAGUAAUCACAGCAUGUGUCCUGAUGAUCUAGUUGUAAACAAUUACACACAGAAAUAGAGAUUUUUUUUCAUGUUUUAGGUUUAGUUUUCAUCUGUCUCAUCUACUCCCUGUUGACCCGCACACAUCCUAUGCAAUUUGAUCUGUAUCUAAUCCUUCCCCUCCUCUUGAGCCCCCGGGAGCCCUUGACACGAUUGUUAAGCUUCACCUCCUGUUGUUGUGGACGUAUAGUGCGAAACUGGUCUAGCACCACCCACCUUGAACGCGGCUAUAUUUAGGCUCUUUUUAAUUUUGGUGCACAAAGCUCUCCUCUGAGAUUGCUUGCCAUUUCCAGCAAGAUCUUAAUGGCUCUGUCUUUAUGAUUAGCUUUAUUGGAUCAAAGGCACGAGGCUGGCAGGAAUUAAGACAGUGAGAGAGAGAGGCAUGCCUGAGUGAGUUAGAAGAACUGUGACAAGUGACAAGACAGAGGCACACGGUGGAAUUAGUUCAUAAUGGAUGAUGGAGUCAGUCUCGGAGAGAGGCGAGUGGCUGAAAGGGCACUUACAUAAGUCCUCCUCACUAGCACUUGUUUGAAUUAUUGCUACUCCACACCUCUUAACCCGGCAUCUUUUAGUAAUGAGGCGAAUGUGUUGACUCCUGUGAGGCAAAGCAGCUGUUCCUCUUGCUUCUUACAUAUGAAAACAAAGCAAUUAAUUUUCCUCUGGGUGUUUGUUUUCAAAAUAAGAAUCCAUCUUCUGUUUUUUUGGCUCAGCAGUACACACCCCUUUAAUGUUUUCUUUGUUUCAGGGUGUGUCUUCAAACUCCUCUUGGGAGCAGGCCAUGAAAAUGAUCAUCAACGAUCCUCGCUACAGGUACCCUUUUCUCCUCCCAUUAGUUUAUUAUAGAGAUUUGCACAGCAGGUGAAACCAAUGCCACAACUGACACAAUUUCGUCUGUGUUCAAGCGCCCUGCCCAAACUGAGUGAGAAGAAACAGGCGUUCAAUGCUUACAAAGUCCAGACAGAGAAGGAGGAGAAAGAGGAGGCCAGAAUCAAAUACAAGGAGUCCAAAGAGACCUUUCAGAGGUUCUUGGAGAACCACGAGAAGAUGACGUCUACCACCAGAUACAAGUAAGAGCUGCAGCGAUCUCACAGUGAAGUUCAUUCAGCCCCAUUUAAUGAUUGUUGCUUCCCUGUGUUGUCAAUAUGAUUAUGCAGAUGGGAUCAAUGAAAGAUAAUCAAUGGCUUGUAAACACGCGAUCAGGCAGUUACAGCAUUGUUGGUUUCAAGCAAAGCUACUCUGACCUGCUGAUAGAUGGUUGACUUAGUUUACCUGGAGGGUGAAUUUGAUCGUUGCUGCAGUUUACAUUUAAAUCACAAUAAAAAGGACAGAAGAAGAGAAAGCAAACGAGGAGAAAACAUGGUCAGACAGCAACAGGAUGCAGACAUAGUUCACUGUAGGAAUGACAAUAAUAAAGUGUAGUCACAUAUGCAGUACUAACAGUGAUUGAACUGUGUCAGAGUGGAAGCACAUUAUUAGUGAGCAAUAACUGAAUAACUUUUGUGUUCUGGUGAUUAUACAUGACUUUAAACACACACUUAUGAUUGUUCUAUUCUGCUGAUUACUUCUGAUUACUGCUCACUGCACCUUAGAGUGUAAAUGUGGUCAUGUAACAACAAAGCCUCACGCAUAUACACACAAAUGAUAUGCUUUCAGGUGUGCUUGUUGAAUAGUGUUCAUUUUAACAUGAUGUUUCUAAGGUAACAUGAUGCAUAAGAGAGCUUGAUUGGGUCUGAUUUUCCACCUUUAUCCAUUGUACUCUCAGUCAUGUUUGUUUUUUUUUUACUUUAUUUUUGUGUUUUAGUUUUUAUCACAAACACACGGAAGAAUAAGUAAACAGGGUCAAUUCAUGACAGACAGAAUGUUUUCCAGCAUAUUAUAUUGAACGCUAACUACAUUCAAAAUAGGGCCCGACCAAUAUGGAUUUUUUGGGGCCGAUACCGAUUACUAGGGAGGAAAAAAUCUGAUUACCGAUUAAUUGGCCGAUUUUUAGAAUUUUUUAUGAAGUUUUAAAAUUUUGUUAAUUUAAGUAAUAUAUCAAAAUAUUUACUUAUUUUUUUUUUUUUACAAAUUGCUGCUUUUGAGCCUUUCAAACGUUUCUGAAUAACAUUAACCUCAGUAAUAUUCCACGUAUUUAUCAUGAAUCAAAGUCGGACCAGAAAAGCGUUUUCAACACCGCCCGCUGAUCGGUGCCUCCGCGUCUCAACUCACGUUACUCAUUUCCGGUCCGGUCCGGAAAUGAGUAACAAGACAUGCAGCUGCCUCAGUAAGAGAAGUAAUGUGUACUAUUGUUUAUUCUGCCGUUACUGGCACGGCCAAAAGUGUCGCAAGGCUAAUAGCAGAUGGCUAACUCUAACUUUAGCUUGCAUGUUAUAUGGCGCUUCACCGAUAACUUUGGCGUGACCGAGACCAGCACAGCGGAACAUAGUGAAGUGGAUUGAACUGAAACUUGUCGAUUUAUUGUGUAUUUCACAAACUGGUUUAUUUACCGUUGAGGCGGACCACUCUCCUCUGUGCGUCCCUGAGCUGCCUGCUUCAGAUCCGUCACUCUGCUGUGCUGUGAGGUAGUUAGUGGAUGAAGAUUGUCAUGAGGUCGCUGCCCCAUCUACUCGAUAAGUCGGGGAACUUUUCAAGUGGCGGAACAUUUUCGAAGUGUAACCAAAUCUUAUUCUCAGCAUUUUAUUUUUGAAAAUAUCUGCGACAAUCUGCGAGUUUUGGCCGAUUACCGAUUAGUCUCAAACAGGCUAAAAUUGUCCGAUAAAUCGGCUCGCGGAUAAAUUGGUCGGGCCCUAAUUCAAAAUAAAAUAAAACAUGAAUAAGAAUUUGCAAUAUGGUUACAAUAAGGUAUGCAGAUCAGUAUUAGUCUCCAUUAGUCAAGUCAAAUUAUGUCCCUUGACCGCUAAAGUCUCUUAGGAUAUUCCAGGACUGGUUUCUCUAGGAGCAGGAACAUCACUUUGGGUGGCAUUAUGAUUUCCAGUUUUUCCAGCAGCAUAUCUCAGAGAUAAUGUCAGUUGUUCCAUCUUAUGUAUUUGUUGAAUUAUUUCCUUCCAUUUGGUGAUUGUUGGAGGUUCCUUAUCUGUCAUGUUUUAAAAUAAUUUUACCUAUGAACACGGACAGAAUCUGAGUGAUGAACAGCAUCUACUUCUCACAACUACGAUUUGCACACACAGUGUUUUUAUAUCCUGCUGACAUGUUUAAAAGAAGGCUUAUACAAUUACGCUUUUGUCAACAACAUUGCGACUAUUUCAUCUUCAUCUCCGGUCUUGCGUGACACAUCCAGUAUUAGACGCACUCUUCAGUUUCGCACUGUGGUGGAAGUCAUCGUAGGGGACAGAUGGGUCGACUGGUAACCUUCACAGAGUGCCAGUAAGAGUUCAGCUGGCACUGAGGUGGUUGUGAUGACUGGGGCUCUAAUCUGGGAUGGCACAACAGGCAGUCAGACUUUGAACAAGCAGGACUGUCAAGUGUGUGUAUCAUCUUAAGUUUGAUACCUGAUUUCACUCCAGCUUUGAAGUCAGGAAAAAAAAUAAAAAUUACCAGAGCUAAAUAUGGGAGAAAACUGUCCUUCAUGAAAUCAGCUGCACUCUUUUUUGCCUUCUGCUAACACCUGAGGAGUUAAAUUUGGAGUCUGGAGUGAAGGUGAAUUUAAUCUGUGAAAUGCUGCCCUCAUGUGGCUAACUGCCUGAACAUAUUCUCAGCACUAAAUGUGUUUCAACUCCCAAUCCAGGAAAGCAGAGCAGAUGUUCAGUGAGCAGGAGGUGUGGAGCUGUGUACCAGAAAGAGACAGACUGGAGAUCUACGAGGAUGUUUUGUUCUACCUCGCCAAGAAAGAAAAGGUAAGACUUCGAUUUAUACAAAGUCAUUCUACUUCAGCGGUUAUCUGCCUCAAGCCUUCUUCUUCAUUUAACGCUAUUUCUUUCUUCAAACUGUUUCUAGGAACAAGCAAAGCAGCUGAGAAAGAGGAACUGGGAAGCUCUGAAGAAUAUCUUGGACAACAUGGCCAACGUCACAUACCGCACCACCUGGUCUGAGGCCCAGCAGUAUCUUCUGGACAACCCAACAUUUGCCGAGGAUGAGGAACUGCAGAGUAAGAGCGCAGAAAUCUCUGUUUACCUUCUUGAUGUUUUCUGUCAACAACUUGAAGUUAAAAUAUCUACCUGCUGGCAGAUAUGGACAAAGAGGAUGCCCUCAUUUGUUUCGAGGAGCACAUCCGGGCUCUGGAGAAGGAGGAGGAGGAGGAGAAACAGAAGACUCUUCUCAGGGAAAGGAGACGACAGCGCAAGAACAGAGAGGCUUUCCAGGUGAGAGGAACGAAACAUGUUACGAAUACUGAACUGACAAAUAGUCAAUUCAAGCUGUGAAAACAUGGAGUUUUGUUUUUGCUUCCCUGAUUGUGUAUUUGUGUUCUUUUCCCCGCAGAAAUUUCUGGACGAGCUCCACGACCACGGCCAGCUCCACUCCAUGUCUGCGUGGAUGGAGAUGUACCCAACCCUGAGCUCAGACAUCCGCUUCGCCAACAUGCUGGGCCAGCCGGGUAGGACAGCAAGCUGGUGCACACGUGGCUUCACACGUCUGCAGAAGCACGUGGACACGACACGUAGACGACACAUGACGUGAACACACAGAUAAAAUAUACAAAGCAGAGGGUGUGAAUACUGCAUGAACCACAUCAGGGCGCUGUUUGACCAUCCUGUAACCCCUUCAGUUUUGUUGAGUUUGAGUUUACAGUCAGAGGUACAACUCCUGUUCAGAUGUUUUCUCUCGCUCUUCUGUCUGCAUAAUUCAGGUUCAACUCCUCUGGAUCUGUUUAAACUGUUUCUAGGAACAAGCAAAGCAGCUGAGAAAGAGGAACUGGGAAGCUCUGAAGAAUAUCUUGGACAACAUGGCCAACGUCACAUACCGCACCACCUGGUCUGACAUCUCUCUCUGGAGGAAACAGAUUAUUUCACCGAUCAUAUAUUUGUUUCAUUUCUUGUAAAUAUUUUUUUUUGAUGGCUCUGACAGGACAAAGGAUUUCUGGUGGAAGUCAACACCAGCUUUGACGAUUUCGGAUCAGUGAUCAGCUCAGACAAGAGAGCCACCACACUGGAUGCUGGAAACAUCAAGCUUGCCUUCAACAGUGUAAGAGUUCCUCCUGUAUAUACCCGAGUCCUCACCAAACCUCAUGACUCCUAUACAGUUACACCUGAUUAUUGUCUGUCUUUUGUUGUGUCCAGGCCUCUUUACAUUUGUGUUCAUAUUGUUACACCAGUUUAACCCUUCACUGACCCUUUUGUUUGUGUUAGUUGUUGGAAAAAGCAGAAGCCAGAGAGAGGGAGCGAGAGAAAGAGGAGGCAAGGAAGAUGAAAAGGAAAGAGGCAGCUUUUAAAAACAUGCUCAAGCAGGCAACACCACCCCUGGAGCCUGAGGCUACAUGGGAAGGGGUAAGUCCUUCAUGCACUCCAUAGUAUCAGCUGUUCUUAAAGCACUUCCCUGAAUCGGUUUUCUCAGUACUGAUGAUUUACUGUCUACAAAAUCAGGUCAGGGAGAGGUUCCUAAAAGAAUCUGCGUUUGAAGAUGUGACACUGGAGUCCGAGAGGAAACGGAUAUUCAAGGACUUCAUGCAUGUCUUGGAGGUAAGUCUUUUCAUAGCAGGAGUAAAAAGGAUGCAAUACUGUGAAGAAAGGAUGAUGUGAACAUGUGGUAUCUACGGCCUUGACAGCAUGAAUGCCAGCAUCACCACUCCAAGACUAAGAAGCACUCGAAGAAGUCCAAGAAGCACCACAGGAAACGAUCCCGCUCUCGAUCGGUCAGUGCUCUUCAUAGAUGUGCUUUUUAGACGAUCUUUUUCUCCCACAUUUCGACUCCGUAUCACAGCUGGUCAAUCCCUGAAUCUCAAUUUUGAUUGUUUUGACAGGGCUCAGAGUCUGAGGAAGAAGAGUACCACAAGAAGAAGAAGAGGUCACAGUCCAAAUCUCCCUCCGAACGCUCGUCCAGUGGAGAGUCUGGUGAGUGGCCGUUAAACCUCACAUCAAUCACUCAUUAUCAAAAAUAAAAGAAAAACACAAGCAGUUCCGUGGAUUCAUACUGAGAUCUCUUCCUGAAACCAGAGAGGAGCUAUAAGAAAUCCAAGAAACACAAGAAGAAGGGAAAGAAGAGACGCCACAAGUCUGUAAGUUCAGAGGAUGAAGCCGUAAUCCUUUUAAUUUUUUAAAUAUCAUCAUCUUCAUGUGCAUGUGGUGUUUGGAUAUUUGCUCACUGAUGGGGAUAUCCACACCCAGGCCUCACCAGACUCUGACAACGAGAAGAGAGGAAGAGAGCGCGACGGAAAGCGUGAAAAGGACCUAGAGAAAGAUAAAGAGAACGACAAGUCGCGGGGGAAAUCUCACUCAGACUCUAAACAGAAGUCCCCUAAAAGAAAAGCGGUUAAAGAGGAGGUGGGUUUUCUUUAUGACUUCUUUUACAGACUUUUUCACGGCUGUUUAAAGUUCAUGGAGACUCGAGCAGUGACAGCUCAUUUGUUAACCCUGUUUAUACGAGACCAUUCACUCCUUGUGUUUUCUGUGUGGGGUUCAGGGCGGCUGGGAUACGUCAGGCAGCGAGCUGAGCGAAGGAGAGCUGGAGAAGAGAAGAAGAACUUUGCUGGAGCAGCUGGAUGCACCUUGA